UCAGAACUAUGGGUUUGAAUGCAUUUGGUCCCCUGAUAGCUCGAGUACACGUUUGUCUAUGUGCUUUUCGAAACAGGCGCCGUCAACGCCCUGGAGUUUUUAAGUAACCAAUGACUUUUCUACAAUGAAACCCAGCCUCGUUUAAUUAAAAUACAGAGCUGCUAUGUUGAAAAGAUAACACGGCGAUUACACCAGGGCAGCAUUAAACAAUGUUCCAUCGUGCCAGUUUCAUUAUUAGCAAUUUAAGAACCGGCGUUUUCAAACCAGAACAUUGUGCCAAAAACGCGAGUCUGGAGCCCAGAGCAGCCUUGAAGAAUCUGGUCACCCACAGUCACCGUAUAGCCACUGUUUCUUUUACCACGCAAGCAUAUUUAGUAUUCGGGAAUGUCCUUGCCCAACUCGGAGAAGAAAAGCCGGUGGAAUUUUGGUAGAUCUUUGUCCAAGAAAAACGCACAGGACAGGAGACAGUCAGCCCUGGAGAUGACUGAAAACGCAGAUAACAAGCAAUAUGAACCCAUACAACCACUGGGUACCAGUCAAGAGCCUCCAUCCAUGGAACGGCAAGCCGGUCUAAGCAGGAGCCUAGACGAGGAAGUGUUUGUGGAUACAGGGGUUUCACACCCUGUUCCACCUGUUCCCAGAGUAAACCUGGAUCCCAGGGUAUCAAUCUACAGUGGCAGGCGACCCAUUUUCACCCGGGCUAACAUCCAAGGUCGAGUUUACAACUUCCUGGAGAGACCCAGCGGUUGGAAAUGUUUCUUUUACCAUUUCACUGUAUUUCUCAUAGUGCUCAUUUGCCUCAUCUUCAGUGUCUUGUCGACCAUAGAGCAGUACACUUCUUUUGCACAUGGAACUCUGUUCUGGAUGGAAAUCGUGUUGGUGGUGUUCUUUGGGGUUGAGUAUGUGGUGAGAUUGUGGUCUGCAGGAUGCCGCAGCAAGUAUGUUGGUAUCUGUGGCAGGCUUCGCUUUGCAAGUAAACCUAUUUCGAUCAUUGAUUUGAUAGUUGUUUUAGCUUCAGUAAUUGUGCUGUGUGUCGGCUCAAAUGGACGAGUCUUUGCAACCUCUGCCAUCAGAGGUAUCCGCUUUCUUCAGAUUCUCCGGAUGCUGCACGUUGACCGACAGGGAGGCACCUGGAGGCUUCUGGGGUCUGUUGUUUUCAUUCAUCGGCAGGAGCUGAUAACAACCCUGUACAUUGGCUUUCUGGGGUUAAUAUUUUGUUCCUAUUUCGUGUACCUGGCUGAGAAAGACGCUGUUGAUGCUGAUGGGGUCACGGAGUUUGCCAGCUACGCUGAUGCCUUGUGGUGGGGAGUGGUUACUGUGACUACGAUUGGCUAUGGUGACAAGGUGCCUCAGACGUGGAUAGGCAAGACCAUCGCCUCCUGCUUUUCAGUGUUUGCUAUUUCAUUCUUUGCGCUGCCUGCAGGAAUUCUUGGCUCUGGUUUUGCCUUGAAAGUCCAGCAAAAGCAGCGACAGAAGCAUUUUAAUAGACAGAUUCCUGCAGCGGCGUCACUCAUACAGACGGCCUGGAGAUGUUAUGCAUGUGAAAACCCUGACUCCUCAACUUUCAAAAUGUACAUCAGAAAAGCCGUCAGAAACUAUGCUUCACCAUCCAGCCCAAGACUAAAGAAAACGGUUAAAGUCAGGAAGAAGACCAAGACUGAGAAGGACAAUGGAACAAACUCACCUAUGGUUCCUCACAUCACGUAUGACCACAUCGGGGAACCACAAAGCUCUGAUGGAUUCAGUAACUCAGCAGGCCGCCCGUCGUCCUGGACCUCGUUUCAGUUCUACUCCCCCUCUCCAGUAAAAAAAUCAUCUGGUUUUCUUGAAGUCCACCAACCAGGAGCUAUCCACAGAACAUACAGCUUCGGGGAAGACCUUGAACUGGAGGGAGAAAGUGCCCUGACCCCCGUCACACACAUCUCACAACUACGAGACCAGCACCGCGCUGCUAUUCGCGUGAUUCGACGGAUGCAAUACUUUGUGGCCAAAAAGAAGUUUCAGCAAGCCCGGAAGCCGUACGACGUGCGGGAUGUAAUUGAGCAGUACUCUCAGGGCCACCUCAACCUCAUGGUGCGAAUCAAGGAACUGCAGCGAAGACUGGACCAGUCCUUAGGAAAGCCCUCCUUAUUUCAAUCUGCCUCAGAAAAAAGUAAAGACAGAGGAACGAACACCAUUGGAUCACGCUUAAACCGGGUGGAAGAUAAGAUCACGCAUAUGGACCAUAAGCUGAACCACAUUGCCGAUGUGCUGAACUGUCUGGCCGCUGGUCUUCAGAGUCAGCCUGCCCGACCAGCAGUGCGAAGCGGAGCCAUGCAGUCCGAAUUCCUCUCCAACAGCAACACCUUGCCUACCUACGAGCAGCUGUCCAUCCCCAGGAUGAACCAGGACCACAGCUCCUGAGUGCCUCCCCCCGCAUGCUCGACUGUAAAUACUGUUUGAAGAUCAAGCCUUCAGUUAAACUGAGACAUGAAGACCAUUAGGAUAUAAAUAAAUGUUAUCAUAAAAACAAAUAGAAGAUCGUAUUCUCACAAGGUGGAAAUUGAAGCAUUAUUAAAAUCUAAAAGCAGACUCUCUCAAGUGAGAUGGGUUUUAGAAAUAAAAAAAAUUGUCAGACAGAUAAUAAUAAUGACUUGCCAUAUAUCUAUGUGUGUGUAUAUAUAUUUUUUUUAUUCUAAAGUCAGAAUCUAAAGUUUUUUAUUCUGCGUAAUGGAUGUAUUUUGUUUAGAUUCACUUUUGUCCUCAAUAUAAAUGUCUAACCUCAAAGAACAUCUAGUAAACCAGAAUGUAACCAAUAACCUAUACCGCUGCAACACUAUAUUGAACAUAUGUUAUAUGCAGAUACAUCGACCAGGGACAGUGUUGCAGUGGGACAGGCUAAUGGCUGUACUCUGAGAUUAAACAUGCUUCUGAAAACCCUAUUGAUGCCACAUUGAGACAUUAAAAUUCACCAGCAUGAAAACAGAAAAUUUAUACAAAGUAAAUCUAAACAAGAAGAUAACUAAUAUUUUGCAUAUCUAUUUGUCCCUCACAUCGAAACUGGACACACUCAUUUAAGAAACGGGACAACUCAAAAACACUCUUACAUUUUUAACUUCUUAAAGCAUAAAAACAGAUUUUAAAACACCUAUUUUACUAAUGUCAUUCAGAUGUACAGUAGUAAUGUAUGAAUAUGUUCAGAAUUCUAUGUAGCCUGUGUCUCCUAAUCUUACAAAUUGUAUCAAACUUACCAAAAAAGUACUGUAGUAUUUUGACACAAUGAAUGCUACCCAUAACAGUAUCAGUAAAAAAAAAACAACUUAAUAUAAAAAAAAGAAAGACCUUAUUUAACCCUGUUUAUAAUAAUUUUGAAAACAAUUGCCAGUUUUGAGCCUAGUUAAACAGGUCUCCAAUCACAAGCUAGCAGUCUUUUACUUUAGCUACAGUAACAGUAUACAUUGCAUUGUGAAGCCUUUAAUCUGAAAUGUAUUCAGACAAGAUUUAAUCAUUUUUUUCUUAUAGCCAAGUGCCUUGUGAGGUUUCCUAAUAGAAGAAACCGAAACGUUCAUGUAAUUUUGCAUGUGCUGUACCUGUUCUUUUGGCAGUGCUAGUUACCCCCUGGUGCUUUCGAUAUCAGCCAAUACUUGGUGCCAGAAGUUCUUUGAUACCAAAGGUGAUUUUACAAUAAAGUUACAAACCAAAUACUACAGUAAUAAUUCAAGUAGAAGAUUCCUGUAUUUUACAAAAGUUUAACUGGUACAUGUAAGCGUGCAGCAGCCAAAAGACAAUAUCUGCAAUGUUGUAAAUAUAACCCAGUGUUUUUCCUACCCAUUUUUAUACUGAUAUAUCCACCACUAAGUUUGGUUAGUUGGCAUUUUACCCACAUGUUUUUAUAUGAGUCUAAUCCUCCUACUGGAGAAAUGGCCAGUUUUGUGUCGAUAUCCUGUUGAACUGGAUCUGAUGUGUCAUGAUCUACACUGUACUGUAUGUUAACAUUUCUUUGAGGGUGUAUGAGUGUAAUAUCUCCGCUUUGUAAAGAUACAACGCUGCACUUCCAGCCCGAACUUGGUAGUCCUGACAGAAGAAAGUUAUCAUCCAUAACUUCAAAACGUUCUAUCAGAAUUGAGGUAAAACUAGAAGAAACGAAGUCAGGUAGACAAACAUUCAAACUGAAGAAGACACUAGCUGAUAUGUUUUUCUGCUUGAUUUAGUUUCUUAUAGUUUUACCUGACAAGAAGUAGUUACUGUCAUGGAUUUGUUAUGUAUACCGGUACACAUUUAUUGUAUUUUAUGUAGGUCAAACUUUUAGAAACAAAUCACACAUAUGUGUAUAUGAGACAUGAUGUACUUUUUCUUUGUAUUUUGACUAGCAUGCAUUACUGGUAUUUUAAUAAUAAUAAUAAUAAUAAUAAUAAUAAUAAUAAUAAUAAUAAUGCAGUCAGUUUAGGGACUGUUGGGUCACAAUUAGAUAAGUUAGCUGUGUUUGUUUACUGGUUAAUAGAAGACAAUAGGCACUCAGUCAAAGACACUGGACAUUUUUUUAACUUAAACGUGCCAAAACCUAACCAUAAGACAAAUGCACUGGUGAACAAAAUUAGCUCUACAUGCUUGAACUGAACUAUACACCUUUACAAUCUCAAAGGUCUUCAGGUUUAUUUUAUUAUGACACAGGGAUAUGGGCAAUUGCUGUAUAAAUCAUGCUGAUUUUGUAAUGAUUUUUCUCUUUGAUACCUAAAGUGUAUCACUUACAGUGUAAUAUCAUUUCUGACUCAAUAAAUCAGUCCUCAUAUUUGAA